AUGUCUCAACCAGAAAAUUUAAUUGAGUUCAUGUUAACACAGGGCAAUGGAGUGAAGGGGUUAUCGCAACUAAAACUUGCGGAACUCCCGCAAAAGUUUGUUCAGCCGCCGUCCGAGAGGUUGGACGGCAUUAAAGUUGCCGAGGGGAAAUCCAUACCGGUGAUCGACGUGUCAGACUGGGAAAACCCUAGUGUUGCCCACUCUAUUUGUGAGGCAGCCACCAAAUGGGGAUUUUUCCAAAUAUUCAAUCACGGGAUUCCCGUUGAGGUUCUGGAUGACGUGAUCCAGUGCGCUCAUGACUUCUUUGAGCUUCCCGUGGACGAGCGCAUGAAGUAUCUCCCAGAAAAUUCGCCAACUGAAACUGUGACCCUGAAGAGCAGUUUCAGUGCCCGUGUUGACGAUUACAUGGACUGGAAGGAUCAUCUGGUCCAUCUUGUGGACCACCGAGUAGAAAAAGAGUUUGAAUUUUGGCCUGCUGUUACCAGAGACCGAAUGUCUUGCUAUGUGAGUUGGGCUCGGUUGAUAAUAAAGAAGUUGCUCCAGACUCUGAUGAAAGGCAUCAAAGUUGAGGAGAUUGACGAGGACAAGCAACGCUCCCUUAUGGGAGUGCUGGCAGCGAGCCUCGUGUACUACCCGGAGUGCCCGAGACCUGACUUGGCUGUGGGGUCCGAUCGACAUGCGGACUUGUCUUCCAUUACUCUCCUCUUACAGGAUGAUGUUGGUGGACUAUAUGCACGUGCAAAUACUGACCAAGAGGAGUGGGUGUUUGUGGCGCCUACAAAAGGCGCAUUAAUUGUCAAUGUCGGGGAUACUUUGCAAAUCCUCAGCAAUGGCAAGUACCAAAGCAUUGAGCACCGAGUCUUCUUAACGGGGAGUACAAACAGGGUCUCUGUCCCCAUAUUUGCUAAUGCCUUGACGAACUCAAUCAUUGGGCCUCUGCCAGAGGCGUUGGGCCAUUGCGAAAAACCCAAGUAUAAACAUGUUGUGUUUGGAGACUACUUCAAACAUUUUCUUAGCAAAGGUCAGGAUGGUAAGAAGACCAUCAAUUUUGCAGCCAUAUGA